GCGAGCGGUGACGUCACGGGACUCUGACAAGCUUGGUGGUGCCGGAAGAAAAGAUGGCGGAUCAUGAGGAGCAGCUAUCCGACGAGGAGAAGGUACGCAUAGCAGCUAACUUUGUCAUCCACGCCCCGCCAGGAGAGUUCAACGAAGUGUUCAACGAUGUGCGAUUGCUGCUCAACAAUGACAACCUCCUCAGGGAAGGUGCAGCGCAUGCCUUUGCGCAGUACAACCUGGACCAGUUUACCCCCGUGAAAGUCGAGGGCUACGAGGAACAGGUCUUAAUCACAGAACACGGCGACCUCGGGAACGGCCGGGUCCUGGACCCGAAGAACAAGAUGUCCUUCAAGUUCGACCACCUGAGGAAGGAGGCCAGCGACCCGCGGCCCCACGAUGUCGACGGCUCCCUGGAGGGCUGGAGGAGCGCCGUGGACUCGGCCGUCCGGGCCUACGUCAAGGAGCACUAUCCCAGUGGAGUCUGCACCAUUUACGGGAAAACCAUCGACGGACAUCAAACCAUCAUCGUGUGCAUCGAGUGCCAUCAGUUUCAACCCAAAAACUUCUGGAAUGGACGCUGGAGGUCAGAAUGGAAGUUCACCGUCUCCCCCUCUUCCACUCAGGUGGCAGGAAUCAUGAAAAUCCAGGUUCAUUACUAUGAAGACGGCAACGUUCAGCUGGUGAGCCACAAAGAGGUCCAGGAGUCCAUGUCCAUUUCUAAUGAGGCUUCAACCGCAAAGGAGUUUGUUAAGAUCAUGGAGGCUGCAGAGAACGACUAUCAGACAGCCAUCAACGAGAACUACCAGACCAUGUCGGACACUACCUUCAAAGCCUUACGCCGCCAGCUCCCCGUGACACGCACCAAGAUCGACUGGAACAAGAUCCUGAGCUACAAGAUUGGCAAGGAGAUGCAGAACGCUUAAAUACCGACGGAGAGCAUAACAGACCCCCAGACACCCCCACCCAAACAAACGUUGCAUGACUGGAUAGUUGUUUUGUCUUUGUACAGAAAUUAGAGAAACUGGGACAAAGAGAGGUUUUGGUCUCACAGCCAGAUGUCACGUCACACAUUGGAUGUCUACUUUUAUUGAUGUUAUUUUGUUUUUAUACAGACACCCUUAACUCCUCUAUAUAUUGAAUCUAUCAUGAUGAAGAUGAGCGUAUUUUGGGGGGAGAUAGAACUUGAGGAAAUUAGACAUAGGAAAGGGGGGGGGGGGGGGCACUUGUAUGCAAAGACAUCCCUAUGAAAUAUCACGUGUGCAAUAUUUAUUGUGUCAGUGAGACCACGACUUAUUAUUUGACCUGCUGAUUAAAAAAAAUAAAGUUAAAACCGGUUUGAAUUUGCGAUGACGGUGCAUUUUACAGAAUGACUCCCUUCACUCCACGGUUAACGUCCCGAACGGUCGACGGAAACGAAGAAAAUAACCCUUUUUGUGUUUAUUGAAUGGUGUGUUUGGCACAAGCAGUCACUCAAUGUUCUUCCUCUUUUAUUUUGGUACUUCGUUCGCCGCGUGUGUGUGUGUGUGUGUGUGUGUGUGUGUGUGAGGGAUCUCCCGGCUUUAUCGCCUUUUGUUUUUGGACUCGACAUCGUCUGGACUCUCACUCAGCGCGGGUUGAGUUUUCUGUGACCACUUAACACGCUUGAUUAACAAAAGUCAGUCGCUAAGUAAUGUGCAUAAUGUCCAAUUUACAAUAAAAUACAAAAACGUAUCACGUCCUCCUCCAGUGCUUAUUUUUAUUACAAAAGACGAGACAAAGCAAACAGAACCUGACUGUAUUAUAUAACAAGGCACAUUGUAAUAUAUACCUGUAUGAAACAUCAUGUCUGUCAGUUUGGUGAUUUAUUUCCAUGAGAUUAAUUGUAACUCGAGUCACAAUUAUGUUGCAUUAAAUGACAAAUUUUCUA